CUUAAACACGUUGAAGUGCCGUGGCCGUGAUGUUCCUACAGCUGCAGAGUGCAGACUUGUUCCCUGGUGGAAGCCGCAGGAUGAUAACGAACGUGCUGUACCAACCCAAAUAAACGAAUGUCGAAAGAGUUGAAAGGAGAAUGAUUGGACGUUGUUUGUGGUUGUUUUAUGAAAUGAAAAGUCACUGAGUGGGCCCCACACCUGCAGAACGAGUUCCAUGCCUGGUGAGUGUGGCAGCAGAGAGGUUCAACGUGAGUUUGAGAACGAGAGAUUUGGAGUUUGAUGGCCAUAAAAGUGGUGGGAAGGACAGACUACAUGGCUCAGGAAAAGAAGAAAGGAGGGGUCCUUCCUCCGGAUGGAGGGUGGGGAUGGAUGAUCGUGGCUGGCUGCUUUCUAGUAACUGUUUGCACACGAGCUGUAACAAGAUGCAUCUCCAUAUUCUUUGUCGAGUUUCAGAUGCAUUUUGUGAAAGACUACUCUGGGACAGCAUGGAUUCAUUCAUUAGUGGACUGCACAACCAUGCUCUGUGCCCCACUCGGAAGUCUGAUCGGGAAUCAGUUGUCAUGCCGUGUAGCUGUAAUACUAGGAGGAUUCCUGGCCUCCGUAGGACUAGUACUCAGCUCCUUUGCCACCAGUCUAGAAUAUCUUUACGCUACAUUGGGCCUGUUAACUGGGCUUGGCUUCGCUCUUUGCUAUACUCCAGCUAUUGCCAUGGUCGGUAUCUAUUUCUGUGAGAGGAAAGCCUUGGCUUAUGGCAUUGCCAUGUCUGGAAGUGGCAUUGGGACCUUCAUCCUGGCCCCAGUAGUGCAGCUGCUAAUCGAACACUACUCAUGGCGAGGGGCCCUUCUCAUUUUAGGGGGGUUUGUGUUGAACCUGUGUGUGUGUGGAGCUCUGUUACGGCCUAUCAUUCUAAAAGAAGAGGAAGCCUGUCCUCUUCCAGUGGACUCAGAGUGCGGGUACAGUGUUAAGCCUUCAACACUGAAUGGUGGUCCUACAAGGAGUGCUGCGAGUGAUGCUAAACAACGGUGCUUUCAGUCCUUGCAGGAAUACCACUUCCUGCUCAUGCCUGACUUCCUGGUACUUGCAGGCUCCUUCCUACUGCUGGCCAGUGGGUGUAGUCUGCCGUUUGUGUACCUAGUUCCAUAUGCACUGGAUGUUGGUGUUGGUCAUCAACAUGCUGCCUUCCUCAUGUCCAUACUAGGCGUUAUUGACAUUGUUGGCAACAUCACAUUUGGCUGGCUCACUGACAGGAGGUGUCUAAAAAAGUACAGGAAUAUAUGCUACAUGUUUGCUGUGGGAAUGGAGGGACUGUGUUGUCUUUUUAUCCCCCUCUUACGCACAUUUGUUUGGCUGGUACCCUUCUCUGUGCUUUAUGGGUACUUUGAUGGAGCCUAUGUUGCCCUUAUUCCAGUGGUAACAUCAGAUGUUGUAGGGAGACAAUACCUCUCUUCAGCUCUUGGGGUUGUGUACUUUCUCCAUGCUCUUCCCUAUCUAGUCAGCCCACCCAUUGGAGGAUGGCUGGUAGACACCACAGGGACUUAUACGGCAACAUUUUUUCUGAGCGGUUUCGCCCUCAUCUCCAGCUCUCUCCUGCUUUUCUCAGUCGCCAUCAUUCGCCAUUGUCAGAGAAGCCAAAAGAAGAACAGCCUGAGCAAAAUCCCAAAACUGGUAUCAUGUGAAGGCAAACAAGUGGACUAUUAUCCUCCUAAAAGUAAAGACUUGAUGUUAAUUAUACCAGCCACUUCAUAGCAUUUGGAUAGUUUUUUACGUCUAGUUCUAAAGAAUUGUAUGAAUUAUUGUUAGUAUAUAUGUAGAGUCAGUAAUAAAUACUGUUUAAUUGCCCAUAGAACUGUGUGUAUAGAAAUGCUCAAGUGCCUUUCUGCUCAAAAGCAUUGUAUUUCAUUUACAUUUUAAGCUGUUGUUGACAACAAGAAGUGCAUUUAUUGUAUUUUAUUCAGGUCUCGUAUAAUAAUGCAUCAGUACUAAGACUUCUUCAUGCACAUUGUUUAUCUUUCUGUGGAAUAUAGCAUUCCAAAUAUUGGUCAUUUUAACUAAGGUUUUUGUGGUUGUAUGAUAUUUUUUGUCAGAAGAGGGCAGUACUGUUUUGUUACAGAUUUGUUCCAGUAUGACUUCUGUUAAGAGUUUACUAGUUAACAGUUUUUCAGUAAUAUUUUGGCUGUUUUUAUUGUUUAUAUAAAACAAGCAGAUGAGUCAAUAAUAUGAACAAUAUUGAUGAUGAUGAAAAGUGUUUCCAUUAUUCUGUCAAAUUAGAUGGACAGCCCAUGCAAUCCUAUACAAACACAACUAAAUCAUUCAUUACAGACGUUUCAUUCAUUCA